UCCCCAGCCCAGACCGCAUGCAUAUAUGGAUGAGGCAGUGUCCGUCAAAGUUAUUCACGCUACAGAAGAUCUGACGAGACGCACCUCCGCAACCUGCGAUAUGAGAGCCUUAGUGGUGGUGAUGGUGGUGGCGCUGGUGGCGGCGCCGCUGCUGGCCGAGGCGCAGCGCGUGCUGGGCUACGACAGGAGGGACUACGAACGCGGCUACGAGUACGAGAUGGGCCGGCGCGACGGCUACGAGGACGCCCGCGACCGCAACUACGACACGUACCGCAGGGGCCGCGGCAGCAGCUACGACAUGGGCUACGAAUACGGCAGGGGCCAGCGUGACGGCUACGAAGAAGGCCGCGACCGCUUCAACACGUACCGCUGGGACCGUGGCAACGGCGUCGGAAGGGGAUGAAGUAGCAACUACGAACGCCUGCUGAAAAGUAAUGCCUCCGAAUUUUUUAUGUGAAAACUCUUAAAGCUUUUUAAAUAAAACAAAGGUUAUUAA